CACCGUGUACAUGGGGGCUCAGGGUCGGGGCAUCCGUGUCCUGUGUCCUCCCAGGAUGCCGGUGGUGGCGGCCAGACCGGCCAGCCCGCAGUGGCUCCGGGCUCUCCUGAGGCUGCUCACCCUCCUUGGGGUCUCCGGCCGAGAUGGCCUGCGCUCCACGGUGCCAGGAAGCAGUGUGAGCGAGCACUUGGGGAGCCCCAGCUUUGCCGCGCGACCACCUUCUGGCCGAGCCCACGCACCCAGUGGUCUGAACACCCAAGGACUCUGGUCCCCAUCAGAGCCCGGUGCAGCGCCCUCCAGGCCCUCCCCCCACCCCCAUUCCGGACCUGUUGAUAGUCUGGGUUGUCACUCCCCGGUCUGGCUCCCACUCCCGCCUGCAGGGGGGAGAGCUCGUCAAGGACAGUUGUUGAACCGGUUGGUCACAGGCUGCACUCUAUCGAGGGAGAGAAGAUAGCGGGGCGCACUGAACAGAAGCGGCUUUGAGAGGCUCCCUUGCCUGCCCAGGCCCACGGUGGGGCGCCAGACAUUGGCCCCCAAGGUCACCCCCAGAAGGAGAUAGGAGUUUUGCUCUUGCACAAACAUUAGCUCUCGUCCAUAUAAGCCAGGGCGGCCCGGGGCCUCACAGCAGCUAGGAUGCUGGCCCUGGUGCUGUCGGUGACCGGGGCUCUGCUGACGGCCGGGGACCCUGGGGAGGAUGUCCCCGGCACCCCGGCCCUGCCUGAAGAGCCGGCCACAGGCACGGGGGGUCUCAUCUUCCACCCAGACUGGGGCUGGCCGCCCCCGGGCCGUCCCCAGGACCCCCUGUGCGUGGUGACACUGGACAAGGGCGGGAAUGGGAGCGGCUCCCCGCUUCGGGUGGUGGGGGCGCUGAGAGGCUACGAGCACGGCUUCCUCGAGGCUGUGCAGCGGGCCCGCUGGGGUCCCCGCAGCCUGGCCACCUUCGGAGUCUGCGCCCCCAGGGACAGGCAGUCUGCCCUGUUCCCUCUGCGGCAGCUGCAGGCGUGGCUGGGGGAGCCUGGGGGGCGGCGGCUGGUGGUGCUGCACCUGGAGGAAGUGACAUGGGAGCCAACACCCUCGCUGAAGUUCCAGGAGCCUCCGCCUGGAGGAGCUGGUCCCCUAGAGCUGGCGGUGCUGGUGCUGUACCCUGGGCCUGGCCCCGAGGUCACUGUCACAGGGGCUGGGCUGCCAGGCACCCAGACCCUUUGCCAGUCCCGGGACACCCGCUACCUGGUGCUGGCGGUGGACCACCCAGCAGGGGCGUGGCGCAGCCCAGGGCUCACCCUGACCCUGCAACCCCGAAGACACGGUGCGCCCCUGAGCACCGCCCAGCGGCAGGAGCUGCUGUUCGGCCCCGACCCGCGCUGCUUCACACGCGUGACCCCGGCGCUGCUCCUGCUGCCCGGGCCCGCGACUGCACCGCUGCCCGCGCGCGGCCUGCUGGACCAAGUGCGCCUCCCGCCGCCCAGGCCCUCCCAGGAGCAGGAGCCCAAGGAGCCACCGCCCAGCGCCGACCCCUUCCUGGAGACGCUGACGCGCCUGGUGCGCGCGCUGCGCGGGCCCCCAGCCCAGGGCUCGCCGCCGCGCCUGGCCCUGGAUCCGGGCGCGCUGGCCGGCUUCCCGCAGGGCCUGGUCAACCUGUCGGACCCCGCGGCGCAGGAGCGCCUGCUCGACGGCGACGAGCCGCUGCUGCUGCUUCUGCUGCCACCCGCCACGCCCACCGCCGGGGACUCCGCGCCGCCGCACGGCCCCGUGUCCGCGCCCUGGGCCGCGGGUCUAGCGCGUCGCGUGGCCGCCGAGCUGCAGGCCGCGGCCGCCGAGCUGCGCGGGCUCCCGGGGCUGCCUCCGGCCGCCGCGCCGCUGCUGGCGCGCCUGCUCGCGCUGUGCCCUGGAGACUCGGCGGACUCGGGGGACCCCGGAGGCCCGGGAGGCCCACUGCGCGCGCUGCUGCUGCUCAAGGCGCUGCAGGGUCUGCGCGCGGAGUGGCGCGGGCGUGAGCAGAGCGGACCCGCGCGGGCGCAGCGCAGCGCGGGCCCCGGGGCGGCCGACGGGCCGUGCGCGCUGCGCGAGCUGAGCGUGGACUUGCGCGCCGAGCGCUCGGUGCUCAUCCCGGAGACGUACCAGGCCAACAACUGCCAGGGCGCGUGCGGCUGGCCGCAGUCCGACCGCAACCCGCGCUACGGCAACCACGUGGUGCUGCUGCUCAAGAUGCAGGCCCGCGGCGCCGCCCUGGCGCGCGCGCCCUGCUGCGUGCCCACGGCCUAUGCGGGCAAGCUCCUCAUCAGCCUGUCGGAGGAGCGCAUCAGCGCGCACCACGUGCCCAACAUGGUGGCCACCGAGUGCGGCUGCCGGUGACCCCCGCGCCUGCUCCCCCCCUCCCCCGCCCCGAGUGGCGUUCCCGCCCAUAUUUAUUCGGACCCCAAUCACCGCCCCAGUAAAGACCAGCAAACACUG